UACGUAGGUAGGUUAGGUACCUAAACAAACAACAACAACCAGAAAGAGAUUUGGUUGGAUUUAUUUUAUUUGUACCAGGUACCUAGGUACAUAGAUUAUUGUGAGCGUAUUUGUAAUGUAAAAAUAAUUUAUAAUGGAUAUGUGUAGAAUUUGUCUUUCAAGUUCGACAAAAAAGGAAAUUAAACAUCUGAACUCAGAUGUUGAUGGAUCAUCCAAAAACUACGUGGAUAUAUUUCAGUUUUGUUUAAAUAUUAAGAUUGAAUAUUUGGAGGCAAAUUCAAAGUUAUGUUUAGCAUGUUUCAAGAAGUUAUUAUCCUUCUACAAAUUCAAGUGUUUAGCUUUGAAAAAUGAUACUUAUCUGAAAUCUGUCGUUUUCCCCGAGUCUGAAGAUAAAAAUAAAGUAUUUCUUAAAGAUGAUAUUAAAUUAGAAGAGUUGAAUGGCAAUGAAUACCUUGGUGUUUUGUCUGGAACAAAUGUGAAGGAAGAAGUUUUUGAUGGUGACAAUGUUAUGGAGAAUUACCAGUCGGAUGAUGAGCUCUUGAGUGUCAUUAAGCAGAUGAAAUAUGAGAACAUUGCAGAAGAGGAAAUCAAAGAGAAUGUUACAAUACCAAUCAAAAGGAAAAGAGGUAGAGAAAAAAAGCCAAAAGUAGAAAGUAACACGCUGCAAGUGUGCGAAGAGUGUGGUAAAACAGUCAAGAACAUGCGAGAACACCGGAUGCUUCAUCAACCCAUGGCGGAACGGAGAAGAUUUGAGUGUAAAGAGUGUAACAAGAAGUUUGCAUCAUACAGUGCAAGACAUAAACACAUAAAGAUUAAACACCUUGGGUUGAAGCAGAAGUGUCCUAUUUGUAGCAAAGCUGUAGUAAAUCUGAAGUCCCAUGAGCUGAUCAUACACAAAACAUCACUACUUCCCUAUGUGUGUGUGCUGUGUGACAAACGGUUCAUCAACCAAUCUGUAUUGGAUGGCCAUCUGAGUACCCACACCAGAGACCGACCAUUCCAGUGUGACCUUUGUGAGAAGACCUUCCGUACUAAGAUAGUUAUGUUGCAACAUAGACGGAGAAUUCAUGAUAAGGAAAAGGCGCAUUUAUGUCAAUUUUGUUCAAAGAGCUUCUUCAAAAAGUACCAUCUACAGUUACAUAUAAGAUCACAUACCAAGGAAAAGCCGUACGAAUGCACGGAUUGCGGGCGAUGUUUCGGUAGUUCCACAAUCCUCAAGAAUCAUCGCACGACGCACAGCGAUGUCAAGCUGUUUCAAUGCUCAAUGUGCGAUAUGACCUUCGCUAGACAAGGAUACCUGCGCACGCACAUGAUAAGUCACACGAAAGAGAAGCGGCAUUCGUGCAAGUACUGCGGCGUGAAGUUCGGGCGCUCCGACCACCGCAACCGCCACCAGCUGACUGUGCACGAGCGACACCGACAGCCGCCGAAGUUAGCCGACGUCGUGGGCGAGGAGAAUAGUAAACAUUGAAGUCAAAUAAUAAUACACAUUCAAAGAAAUUGUCAAAUUUUAAAUGUAGUAUUUCUCAAAAAGCUAUAAAUUGCUAUGUUCGGAACGAUCGCUGCUGAGAAGAAAUUCCGGAAGAAACUUUUAAGUGUGCAAGUGCUAUUAGACUAAUAUUGUUUUUUACAUAUUUUUUUCUCGAAUAGUAUGCAAAAACAUGUUAUGAUUGUAAAAGAGUGCUGAAAAAUAGAUAUAAACCACGAUGCAUCCAAACAAUUGUUUGAACGAUGCAUAUGCACCGAUUGGUAGUUCAGAGCUCAAACUCUUUGAAUACAGGCACUUUGCAAGAGGUGACAUUGUAAACAUCAUGCAGCCCUUUAGAAUUUUCGUUACGGAUGAGUAGGUGCAAAAAAGAAACAACGUAUGACGUGUCUCCGGAACGCAGGUCUCGUCUGUUUCUCGUUGCUCAUUUAGACAACAAGAUUUAAAAAAAUAAUAAUAUGUGAAUCUCCAUGGAGACUAGAAUUUUAUUCCCAAAAACAAAUAGAAAGGUAUAUAAUGUUGUUAAGUUUUAUUUUACUGCAUAAAAAAUAUUUUGUUGAUUAGAUAAUACCAGUCUUACUACAAAUCGAUGUGUAAAGUUUAAACACAAUAAUCCAUCCAAAAUAAAAAGUUAAUGAUCACUAGAAAAUGCCAUUUUAGUGACUUCUUAAAACGGGAGGAUUUGACUUCCGUUUUUUGUAGUAAGAGUUUAGUUGACGAGUGGUAAAUAUAUGCACAUAAUCGAAAUCAACAUUGCUGGUUGUGAGAACUGCAUUUUAUGUGGCAUACGAAGGAUGUAUUUUAUCUACACUUUAAACCAACGAAAUAAUGUUUGUUUUUUUCAAAUGAUUAUAUACUUAAGUUUUAAAUAAAUAUUCAAUGUUACUAAA